AUGUUCCGCACGUGUGCUGCGGUCUGCACGGCUGUGUUCGUGGCCGUACUCCCCCACGACGUAGUCGCGGCUUUGCCCCCGUUGACUGCGGAUACGCCGACCACUGACGGCGGCCACGCCAACGCGUACGCGACGGCCAACGCGGAGAAGUAUCCGCCGCUCGCUCCUUCUCCAGGGGUAGGAAACCCGUCAAGGAACAAGAGCUCGCACCCGACCGACUGCGUGCCAAACUUCCCACCUGAAAAGAAGGACACAGAAGACGAGAAGAAGGAGAAGGAGACAGAGGCUGAGAAGGCAAAGGAGACAGAGGCUGAGAAGGCGAAGGAGACUGAGAAGGCGAAGGAGACUGAGAAGGCGAAGGAGACUGAGAAGGCGAAGGAGACUGUAGAGCCCACUGUGGCUCCGACGUCUGCUGUGAGUGCCGCGGGGCCGACGCCGCAGCCAGUGGUGACGCCGCCUGUGGUCCCUCCGUCUCCCCCGGUUGCCCCCGCCCCAUUGCCAUUGAACGCGUCGGAGCACCCGAGUGCCAAAACGGGUCUUGCAACGCAGCAGCUGCAGGAGGACGAAGCGGCGCAACUCGUCAAGACGCAGUCGAGCGACACGAGCAGUGGCAGUUCGUUCUCGGGCUCGGCCGGUCUCAUGAUCGCUGGUGUCGUCGCAGCGGUAGCUGUGGUGGGUGUGGCCGUGUCCCAAGUGAAGAAAGCGCGCGACGCCGACGCAGCGCUCGCGACCCCGAGCGACCACGAGAACAUUCACAUUGAGAUUAGACGCACGCCGGAUGGCGGCAGUACGAUCCUAUGA